UAAGAACGACUCGUGGAUUGGGUGAGGGCCGCGUGGACCAGCCCCCGGCGCUCGUCUGUUUACACACACUCACAUCCCCCGCCACCAGUAAGCCUCAGCUGGACGACUCCUACUGAAAAUCUACUGAAGCUGGAUAACUCUCUUGCGAAACGUUUAUAUCAGUUGACCGGUUCAUGCUAGAGGCUUACAGUAACUGUAAGACUGCUGUCUGGUUUACAUCUAUUACCAAGAGUUUACUUCAGACGACGCGGCUGGGGUUACAUCAGCUGGGCGAAGACUGAAGCCCUAAAUCAUGUUGGAUAUUGUGUUAUUUCGUGUUGAUCAAGGGGGCAACCCGGAUAUUGUUAGACAAUCGCAGCAGAGAAGAUAUAAAGACGUGACAAGUGUUGAUACUGUUAUUGAACUAGACACAAAAUGGAGAGCAGCACGUCACAAAGGCGACCUCCUGAACAGAAUGGGGAACGUUAUAUCCAAGACUGUUGGUGAAAAAAAAAAGGCAGCGAGGGGAAAGAGCGAACCAGAGACAGAACCACAGUGUGUGGCACCCAACCUGGAUGCUUUGGAGAGUCAUCUGACUCAGUACAGCUACGUUCAUGGGCAUAUGCCUUGCCAAACUGAUCCGCAGUUGGCAGGGAGACUGUCAGUGUCCCCAUUAUCUGACACUCGCCCGUCAGUGUGUCGAUGGUACAAUCACAUAACCUCUUUCUCAUCUGCGGAAAUAAAGGCUCUGCCUGAGCCUCAGCAGCUUCCCUUCAGGGUCCCUCUGGCUAAAGAAGCAGAAGGCACAGAUACAAAAGUUCCAGAUGAGAUUAAGGAAAAGUUAACAGAGCUCACUAUGGAUCUUCUUCGACCACUUACAGUUUCUCAACUGAAGGAGGUGAAAAAACUUGUUGAUGAAGCUAUGGCUGAGAAUAAUGAGGAGCUAGUGAAGACUGAGAAUGAGAGGGAUGCUAUCCUCAAAGAAAUUGGAAAUAUUGUAUAUGAUGAUGUUCCUGUUAGCAACGAUGAGGACAACAAUGCAGUGGUGAGGACAUUUGGAGAAGAAAGUAAGAAAAAAUAUUCACAUGUUGAUCUCAUUUCCAUGAUUGGAGGAUCAGACUCUAAGCGUGGGUCUGUUACAUCAGGUGGUCGAGGGUACUACCUGAUGGGUCCAGCAGUGUUCCUAGAGCGUGCAAUAGUAGAAUUAUCCUUAAGUCUCCUCAACAAGAAGGGCUACAUUCCCAUGGUUACCCCAUUUUUCAUGCGCAAAGAAGUUAUGCAGGAAGUAGCACAGCUCUCUCAAUUUGAUGAAGAACUUUACAAAGUCCUGGGUAAGGGUGAUGUUCCAGGUUCAGACCAAGUAGAUGAGAAAUAUCUAAUUGCCACGUCAGAACAACCAAUUGCUGCCUUCCACCGUGAUGAGUGGAUACCUACAGACCAGCUGCCAAUUAAGUAUGCUGGUUUGUCAUACUGCUUCCGCCAAGAAGUUGGAUCUCAUGGACGUGACACUCGUGGAAUCUUCAGAGUACAUCAGUUUCAGAAGGUAGAACAGUUUUGUCUUACAUCUCCUCAUGACAAUGCUUCCUGGAUCAUGAUGGAAGAAAUGAUCACAAAUGCAGAGGCAUUAUGUCAACAAUUGGGUCUGCCUUAUCGAAUUGUCAACAUAGUAUCUGGGGAACUCAACAAUGCUGCCGCUAAAAAACUUGAUCUUGAAGCUUACUUCCCUGGAUCAGGGGCAUAUCGGGAACUGGUCUCGUGUUCCAACUGUCUUGAUUAUCAAUCCAGGAGACUUAAGGUUCGCUAUGGAGCAACCAAGAAGAUGAAUACAGCUGUUGAAUAUGUUCACAUGCUGAAUGCUACGAUGUGUGCCACAACGAGAGUGAUUUGUGCACUGCUGGAGAACUACCAAACUGAAGAUGGCAUUAUUGUCCCUCAAGCCAUCAAGCAGUAUAUGCCCGAUGAUUUCAAGGAAGUUAUUCCUUUCAAGUAUCCAGCCCCAAUUGACGAAGAGGCCGCCAGGAAGAAGAAAAAGGGAAAAAAUAAACAAGAAGAAUGAUAUAUUAGUGAAAGUGCAAAGUAAUAGUUCAAUUGUAUUGCUUAUGGUUUAGCAAUUACUGUCCUGCGCUGUAUGUUCAUGAUGUUGCUGAUUUUAAUCAAUUUCUUUUUGGUACACUAUCUUUUCUACGAGGGAGCUCAUGAAUGAUUUUGUCUGUGAUGACUUAUGAGUAGUACUGUACUGAACACCUUAUCUGUGAAGGAGACAAGGUAUUGGAGUGUGGUGAUGCAAUUCUUCCAGGAUAUCAAAGUGGAAAUAGUGUAAAAGGAUGGUAGUUAUCAUCAAUUUCCCAUUUCAUGUUCUUUGUGUGGGGAGGCUUUUGCUUGAAGCAGAUAGGAGAUUAGUAUGGAAAGAGAUGGUUAUAGAAAAUUUAAACUGAAUCCAUCCAUUCUCACUGAUAAUCAGAGAACUAGUAUCACCAUACACAUAGCAAACAUAAUUCCCAGCUGUUUCUGCUACUUUAUAGUGAAAUAUAAAGGAUUCAUACUGUCAAACAUAUGUAGCCUGCUAAAAUUUCUUGUGAUUUGUUCUUUCUACUCAAUAAAUAAUCUUAAUUUAGUGCCUUCUUAAGAACAUAAGAACAAAGGUAACUGCAGAAGGCCUAUUGGCCCAUACGAGGCAGCUCCUUUUUAUAACCACCCAAUCCCACUCAUAUACAUGUCCAACCCAUUUUUGAAACAAUCGAGGGAC